AUGCCUUCAAAUGUCUGCCACAGCCUCUCCUGCCUCUGUGGGAAGAUGAGCAGCAGUGGUAGUCUCCUCCAGCAGCAGAGCAGAUCAACCUCCAGCCCCCAUCGGUCUCUCCUCCACCCCAGGACUCUGCUCCUUCUGUCCCUGCUCCUCCUGCUCUCGCUAUCCCUGUGGACCCAGCAGGCCGAGGCUGUGGUCCACUCCAGCUUCCGCAGGCUCAGUGGCCGAGAGAAGAAGGAGAUGCAGAAGGAGAUCUUGUCCAUUUUAGGUCUGCCGGGGCGACCAAGACCCCACCCGCCCCUCAGACCUCCCUCCUCAGCACCGCUCUUCAUGCUGGACCUAUACCACGCUAUGUCGGUUGAUGGGGAGGAUGAAGGGAAUGAGAUUGUUGGGAACGGAGCGGGAAUAGUGAAGCUUGGAGGGGCGGAAAGGUUGGCUCAGGUCAACCACGCAGCGCUGCCAACACUCAGCACGCACACACCGCCGCUGGGGACGGUGGUCAGCGAGGCCGACACCGUGAUGAGCUUCGUCAACCUGGUGGAGCAAGAGCGUGACCUCCUGCAGCCUCGUCCGUACUGGAAGGAGUUUCGUUUCGACCUGACUCCUCUCCCUCAGGGUGAGACGGUGACGGCGGCAGAGUUUCGUAUCUAUAAGACCCUGACGAUGGGCCAGAGGGCCAAUCGCACGCUGCACAUCUCCGUCUACGAGAUCCAACGAGACAACAGGCACAGAGAACCAGAGCUGGUGCUGCUGGACAUGCAGUCUGUGCCUGCAGGACAGGAGGGCUGGCUGGCCUUCGACGUCACCUCGGCCUCCAACCACUGGCUCCUUCACCCCCGCAGCAACAUGGGCAUCCGUCUCUAUGUGGAGACCGAGGAGGACCGCUCCCUGUCUGCAGGCUGGAUCGGGUUGGUUGGUCGCAGGGGUCCUCGCUCCAAACAGCCCUUCAUGGUGACCUUCUUCAGGGAGAGCCAGAUCCCGUGUCGGCCACCCCGCGCUGUCAAACCACAUCCCCGCAAGAAGAAACCCAAAUAUGACCUCCCAGUCCCGAGCAUUCACAAUCGGAGUCCAGCCAACACUGGAGGUCAGCCGUGUAAAAAACACGAACUCUACGUCAGCUUCAGUGACCUGGGAUGGAAGGACUGGGUUUUAGCCCCCACCGGAUACUCAGCGUACUACUGUGACGGAGAGUGUUUCUAUCCUCUGGGCUCCUGCAUGAACGCCACCAACCACGCACUCAUCCAACAAGUGGUUCAUCUCCUGAAGCCGGAUGAAGUUCCUAAGGCGUGUUGCGCCCCAACAAAGCUCAGCCCAAUCUCCGUCCUCUUCUACGACGACAACAACAACGUCAUCCUCAAAAAGCAUCGUAACAUGGUGGUCAAGACCUGCGGGUGUCUAUGA